AUGGCGAGACUUCCGACCAAGUUGGUACUGCGGUCUCUGGUUUUAACCUCUCUGAUGUCUUCGAAAUUAUUUCUCAAGCCUGCUUUGGCUAUCUUGAAUGUUGUCACCAACUCCAAGUCGGCACUCCUCAACCCCGAUCGAAACCGUAUUCUGAACAAGCUCCUUCGAUGGACUGUUUACGAUCACUUUUGUGCUGGAACGAAUCGCGAAGAAGUAUCCAAGACCGUGGCAGAGAUAAAGACAAUUGGAUACCAAGGGGUCAUUCUAGGAUACUCUAAAGAGAUUGUUCUGGACCCCAACGAGAAGCUGAUCCACGAUGAGACUGGAUCUAUGACAUACAGUGAUAAAUGCUCUGACAUGGUGAAGGAGUGGAAAACUGGAACGCUGGAGACCCUGCGCAUGGUCGGACCUGGGGAUAUUCUCGCAGUGAAGCUCACGGGCGCCGGUCCCAUUGCUAUUGACUCAAUGGCCGAACGAAAAUCCAUGCCUGAAGCUAUGGAAGAUGCCAUAGAUGAAAUCUGCCUUGCGGCGAAAAACCAGGGAUCACGAUUAUGGUUAGAUGCCGAGCAGCAGCUCCUCCAGCAUGGAUUGGAUGACUGGGCAAUUGAUAUUAUGCGCAAACACAACAACUCCGAGACCCCGCUCGUAUACAAUACUAUCCAAGCAUAUCUCAAGGGAUCAAAGGCAAACCUUGACCGUCAUAUCAGUCUGGCAGCGCAGGAGGGGUGGACACUUGGGAUCAAGCUGGUCCGAGGGGCAUACAUCGAACAUGAAGCGCAGUUUCUCAUUCAUGAUUUCAAGGAAGAUACGGAUCGUUCGUAUGAUCUUAUUGCAGACACCAUGCUGUGCCGAAGAAUGCCGGCUCAUAUGGAGCAUCUCAAGUUUCCCAAUGCCGCUCUUUUCCUCGCGACCCACAACGCGGCAAGUGCUGCCAAAGCGAUUGCCACUCAUCAGGCUCGCCUCCUUUCCAAUGAACCUACCGUCAUGCUCGAGUGUGGACAGAUACAAGGGAUGGCGGAUGAGCUGAGCUGUGAAUUAGUGCAGAAUUACGAACGCGCCUUGAAAGAGUCAAAUGCUGCGAAUAUGUCAGUCCCCAAAGCCUUCAAAUGUAUGGCUUGGGGGUCGGUAGCCGAGUGUAUGCAAUAUCUUCAUCGUCGGGCCAUUGAGAAUAAGGGUGCUGUUGAGCGGACACAACACAUGGUAGCUGCGUUGCGACGGGAGCUGUGGCGGAGGACUUUCGGUUGA